AUGUUAUUGUUCUUAAAUAUACCGCAUUUUCUAGCUUAAUCCGUGCUGAUAAGUUACUGUAUAAUACUCGUAAAACUUUUUCACUUAUAAAUAUAAAUUUUUAAUAAUAAAAAUUAGGUAUAAUUUUAUGAAUAGUGACCAAACAUUGUAAAAAUAUUUUAAAAAAUAAUUGACAUAACAAUUUUGUUAUAUCAUACAAAGUUGUGGAAAAAUUAUAUAUUCCAACUCUGCACAGUGAAAAAUUAGGAUAUUUGAUAAUUUUCUUUUAAAGUCAACAUACUUCACAAGACAAUUAUGGCAACGUCUCAAGGAUUCAUUUCACUGUCCGGUGAAAUCACCCACACAGAGUCUUAUUGUACCUCACUAGAUGUUCAUAAAUACGAAUAUAAAUGGACAAUUACCGAUUUCGAAUUUGUUUGUCGAAAGGUAAAAGUAAUUAGAUCACAAAAAUUCACAACAAAAAAUUUUAGAGAUGGAAAUUUUAUAAUUGUAUUAGAACCUGCGGAAUUAGUAGAAAACAACAAGGACCCCUUUCACAUUCAUUUAUAUUACGAUACAAAACUCGUCAAGGACAAAAAAUUACUAAACGUUAAAAUAUCAUUUGAAAGAUUCGACACUUACCCCUCAUAUGCACUCUGCGUCAAAUCAUUUAGCACCGAUAAUUUAUAUCGUUGCGAGAAAAGAAUUUCAUGGAAGACAAAUGGAUCAAACGUUUACCGAUCGUUUGUCGAAAAAAGACCAAAAAACACUUCGGGAAAUUACACAACACCCAAAGUAAUUCCAACCGAUAUCACAGUUAAAUGCGAGGUCAGUAUAAUUUACCCCGGUGCAAUUUUACUCAAAACACCGCUUAUCGACAUUCAAUGCUGCAAUGGAAUAGUGAAAAAAAUUGAAAACCUCCUCGACAAUGAAGACUUUAAAGAUGUGACUUUUAAUGUUGAAGAUGAAAAAUUCACGGCUCAUAAGAAUAUUCUCGCAAUUCGCAGUAGUGUCUUCGCUGCAAUGUUUAUGAAUAAAAUGAGUGAGAAACAAACAUCGGUUGUUGAAAUUGAUGACAUAAAACCAGUGAUUUUUCAACAAAUGCUGAAUUAUAUUUAUACGGACAAAGUGGAGAAUUUAGAUGACGCAGCAUUUGAAUUUCUUUACGUUGCGGAGAAGUAUCAAUUGGAGAAUCUUAGGAUUAUGUGCAUCAACAGUUUAAACUAUAAAAUAUCUUUGACCACAGUUCUUAAGACUUUGGAGAUUGCCGAAUUGUACUCGAUUGAACAAUUAAGAUAUGAAUGUUUAAAAUUUAUAAUCGAGAAUAAAUAUGAGAUUGUUGAGACAGACGACUUUCAGAAAUUAAUAUUAAACCGUCCAAGUUUAUGGACAGAGGUUAUAAAUCUUAAAGAGUCAGGAGGGGGUAAAUGUUCUAAAUAUUCUUCUUAUGAAUUAAAAUAAUUAGGAAACACUUCUUUUUCUUGAAUUCAUUAUUUAGAAGUUUUUUUUAUUAAUUGAAGCAUUAGAUAAAGGUUUAGAUCAAAGAAUACUAGAGUAUCCCCAUAGGGUAGGAAUUUUAAUUUAAAAUUUUAAUAAUUUAGAAAAUGUGUUUUUAGUCCUAAAAUUUUGUAUUAUUAUACCUUCGUUUAAAUAUUAAAUUAUUCUCUCUACAGAAA